AUGGAAUUUUACGAAUCUUUAUCCACCGAUUUUAACCAGCUUUUGGAGGAAAGUGAUGACUAUGACAUGAUAAUUUAUGUUGGCAAAGAGCCGAAUGUAAAAAAAUUCUAUGCACAUACAGUGAUUUUACGUGCGAGGUCUACGUACUUUCGAAGAGCAUUAUCUAGGGAUUGGGCAAAAAAGGAAAAUGGCUCAAUCGUCUUUCAGAAACCAAAUAUCACAAAAGAUGUAUUUUUGUUUAUUCUUAA